UAUAAUGUUAGCUAACGCUGAAAGGCAGCUGGACUGAUGUAACGUUAGCUUCAAUGAUGUAACGUUAGCUUCAAUGACAGUGCCACACACACUUUGAAUUUAUUAAAAAGGGGGAUAAUACUUAGUUGAGAAGAUGGGACGAGGGAAUAUUUAGCAUUUUUUUUUAAAUAUUAAAUGUAUAGAAUAUAUAUUUUUUACAUAGAAAGAUUAAUCCUAAAUCAUUGAAAAUUGAGUCUCGUUGUUUGAGACAAAAACACGCAGUUUAAAGAGAUCUCCUCGCGUUUAAAUGUGAUUAAACACGUUACAACGUCCACGUUUCACAGCUCAAACAACACACCGAUUACUCUCAGAAGCAGUCGAUGAUUUGUGGACGACUUUGAUCUGUUUGACGGGCAUAUUGCUCAUGUUAUAAUGUUACAGAAGCACCACGUGCCUCGCUGUGUUGUGCUUUUACCAGCGUUAGCGAACAGUUUGGAGACAUUGCGUAACACAAACGUUAGCUAGCUAACAGAAACAGUUCGUUUUUGGGUGUCAUGGCGGGUGAAUGACACAAUUAAGACGUAGUGUACUAGUUAAAAACGCCGGCUGGCUAAUGGGUUAUCCUACGUUAUGUAACUUACUUGAAUGGAGGCUGGUGGUGAGGAAAGAGUCGCUUCACCUUCAGAGAGAAACCAACGGCGGAUGGAGAAGAGUCACGUGGUCCGAAUUUAUGCAGAUUCGUGUGCGGAGGCUUCUGGGAAAUUGAGUGUUGUGUAACAACGGCAGGAAAUUACGUAAAAAAGCAACAUGUGACCUAGCAAACAGUUUGAUAAUCAGAGACCAGAGCAUCUGUUAAUGUACUGUAAGUUUAUUAAAUGUAUAUUUUUAUAUUUCUAAGGACAAUUGUGUUUUUAGUGAGCUAACUGAUGUUAGUACUUAUUUAUCUGUCAAACUCUCCUUUUCUUUCCUUUUUAACGUUUAAUGUCAAACAUAAAGGACAAAUCAAUUCUUAAAAUGACAGCUUUAUUAUGAACAAACAUCAGAUGAUUUACAUUUCCAACAUGGUGCAACAUUAACAUUACUGUAUUUGAAUUGGUGAAAUUGGUAUUAAUCAAGCAAAGUUAGGCUAGCAAUUAAAAAAAGUGACUGUAAGUGGUGGUAAUAUAAUUUAGAAUAAACGAAAUAACAAACAAGUGUUUUAUUACUAUUCACACUACCAGGAAUAACCACAAAACAAUAAAGUUGAACAAAUAACUUUAGACAAAAAUAUGGUUAAAUGACACUAUUUUUAUUUUGAGGCUUACGUGAGUUAAUUGUGCAUCAAGAAGCUUCAAGAGACAUUUCUAUAGGAACAUGAAGCAAGCAACACACUAGGUUGAGAUUUACAGAAUUUACAUUCGUCAAAAUUUAGAGAUCAAAAUAUAAAAACUGACUGACUGUACUGAAAUUAACUGAAAAUAUGUGGAGCCAGUUCUUUGCUAAAUAUCCAUUUUUUUCCCAAUUACAGUUUGAAAGGUGAAGCUAUUCGAGUUGACAUCACAAGUUCCUGUUUUUUAGGCUGAAAACAAACCAAAAAAACUGAUUUGACUCUAAAUGGACCAUAAUGUACUAAAUGAACAUCAUAAACUCAUGUUUACAAUGUUUACUGAGGUAAUAAAUCAAGAGAGAAGUAGAGUCAUUUUCUCAUAGACUAAAGUAUAAAAAGCUCAACCAAGAGUAGAAGUAAGUUGAUUAUGUAAACAUAGAUAAGAUACAAUGUGGGAUUAAAACAUAUGUUAAACCUCCUUUUGCCACAUUGUCUCCUGCAGCAAAGUGUGAUUUGACAUUCAAGCAUCAGCCUCACCAUUAUCUAUCUCAAGGCAGUUAGAGUGGAAUCUUUUUAUUGCGCAGUAACGUCAUCAUCAUCAUGGUCUUCAUCAGCCAGGACAGCUCAUGAUGGAGGAGGCUGAAGGAGGAAGGCACUGCUACCACGUUUGAACAAACCUGCCCCCUGAAGGAGGAGAGGUGUCAGGGCCGAGUCCUGAUCGUCUGCCUUCUCGUCUUCCUGUGUGCACGCAGCGUGAGCAGUCUUUGUCUUUCUUAAUCAGUAGACUCAGCGAAUUAAUAUUUACUCAUCUAACGUAUACUCCGAUGAACUCUGUCCUUUGUUGGACAUAGACUAGUCACAAUCACUAAUCACAAUCAAGCAGGCUUUGUGGAACGCAGGUCAACAGUGUUGACAGCAAAGCACAUCGGCCCAAAAGCACCGGCAUCUGACCAUGUUUUCAAUUUGUAUUGGUUUUAAAAUUAGCUAAUAAAUUGGCAACUUGUGAAACAAUCCAGUGAACGUUUUCUGUCUCUCUGGUAUCUCAAGCUGCUUAUCGGACUGUAAACAACGAGCCGCUGACUAAACCAAAACCCCAGAUAUACAGCGCCAAGUAGCUCUUCUUUCUCAUGCUUAAAGAUCACCACAUCUUAUUAUAGAUUUCAAAAAAGGUUGUUUUUUAAAAACAACAUAUUUUGUCAUCUUUUUGGGGGGAUUUGGUUGCUAGCUGGAUUUAAUGCUCAACAGUUAUUUAAAGAAUAGGUUUGACAUCAAACUAUGUUCUAAACGUCUUAAUCCUGUGAAAACACUCUGUCAAAACUGUUAAACUCUGAACUGAAAGGCUGCCGGUAUGUGAUAGAUAAGUGUUUCCUGUAUCUCUCUACUACGCGUCAAACAUUGUUUGUUGAAAAAAAAUAAUCCCGUCCAAUAUCCCUCACAAUAUUAGACACAUCUCAUGCACUAAGCUGCCACUGCCAUGACCCCUCAGCUAAUCCCUCCGUGCUGCUACAUCCUGCACUGUCAUUUCCAUUUCUUUUGUGUUUCAACCGUUGCUUUAAUCCUGACAAACCUUCCAAGAAUAGUAUGAAUCUUCUACUUUGCAGUCCUUGAAAUGAAAUAUUCUGGCUUCCGUUUGUUUUUUUGUUACAUAUGUGAAAUGUGCAAAUAAACAACACGGGAGCUGCUCGGAGCUGAGAGCAUAUGUGCAGCAUCAGGUAACACGGUACAGUGUUUAAUUACAUCCCCGGCUGCUGAACUUGUCCCUGCACUCGCUGCCAGAUGUCGAGUUCACAUGACAAUAACUGCGAUGCCCAUUACACACACACACACACACACACACACAGACAUACACAGACACACACACACACACACACACACACACACACACACACACACACACACACAGACACACACAUGCCAUUGUCUUCAGUAUUAAUGUGAGCUGGACCUUACCCUCUUGACAUGGCUUGAUUCAUGUGGGGAUGAGACACAGAUACUGAAUAGUUGAUGAGCUGGGUAGAAAAAGAAAAGAAGUGGAGGGACUGGGUGAGGGCAGAAAUAGAGAGAUAGAGAUAGAGAGAGAGAGAGAGAGAGACAGAGAGAGGGAGGGAGGGAGGGAGGGAGGGAGUAGAAAGGCAGCUAUCCACUGGCUUCACUCCACAGCUCCAAUAAGCCCUGAGGUUUUGGAGCCCUUGAUGGAAAAUUACCUUGUGACCAAGAGGGGAGGUCAGGACCAGCAUCCUCAGACUCCACUUAUCCUCAGAAGCAGCAGCAGCAGCAGCAGCAGGAGCAGCAGCAGCAGCAGGAGCAGCAGCAGAGGGAGGAUGGACUGCGCGUUCGGCUGAUCGGAGGGGGGAGGACCGAAUUCGGGUCAUGGAGAAACUAAAAGGUCCCGCCGCCAGAUGCACCACGGCCACCUGUGGAUGGAGAGCCCUGCUUCUCCCGCAGCUGAACAGGCAGUCGCUGUACGUGUACGGCAGCGAGAUGGCCGUGGAGCAGGAGUGCAGGCGGCAGCUGCAGAGCAGAGUCUUUGUCAUCCACCCGUUCAGCCUCAUGAGGAGUUACUACAUCAUGUGCAUGAUGGCCAUCACGUUCCUCAACCUGAUCGGGAUUCCCAUGGAGAUCGCGUUCCUGGACGGAAACAGCGGGCUGGCGUGGGAAGGAUUCAACGUGUUUUCAGACACGCUGUUCCUGAUAGACGUGGCUCUGAAUUUCCGUAUGGGCAUCAUAACAGAGGACAGCGAGGAAGCUAUUCUGGAUCUCAAGCGGAUCCGAGUCAGUUACCUGAGGACGUGGUUCAUACCGGACGUCAUCGCCGCGUUCCCGAUCGGCUACAUUCUGCUGUUUGCGGACUUACAUUACCACAACGACGACAACCCGUCCAAGACCAACAAGAUGAUGAGGAUCCUGAUGUUCGUGCGGAUCCUCAGCUUGAUCCGGCUGGCUCGGGUGUCCCGACUCGUCCGCUUCUUCAACGAAGUGGAGAAAGUGUCUAAUGCAAACCUGGAGGUGGUCCGCCUCUUCUUCCGCAUCUUGUCUCUGUUCAUGAUGAUUUUCCUGCUGUGUCACUGGAACGGCUGCAUCCAGUACUUUGUGCCGAUGCUGGAGGAGUUUCCCACCGACUGCUGGGUCCGAAAGGAAAACCUGAUGAAUGCUACGGUGAGCGUGAAGUACUCCUGGGGAGUUUUCCGAGCUCUCUCCCAGAUGAUCGCCCUCUCGUACGGCUCCAUGGACGCGCCAACAAAUUAUGUGGAAAUGUGGAUCGUCAUGGUCAGCAUGGUGUCCGGCUGUCUGAUGUACACCGUCCUCGUGGCCAACGCUACGACCAUGAUCGCCAACACCGACCCGGCCGCCAAGGAGUACAAGAGCAAGAUGAGCCGUCUGGAGCACUACAUGACCUUCAUGAAGCUCCCGCCGGAGCUGCAGCUUCGCAUCACGAACUACUACCAGGCUCGCUACGGAGGGAAGUGGUUCCAAGAGAAGGACGUCAUGGACACCGUGUCCUCUGCGCUCAAAGAGCAAAUCCUGAUGGUGAUGUGCAGCCGGCUGCUCAGAAAAGUGCCAAUGUUUCAGACCAGAGAGGAGAACUUCAUCAACGCCGUCCUCUUCAAACUGGAGUACGAGGUUUUCCUGGAGGGCGACGCCAUCGUCCGGCAGAACGUCCCAGGCGACCGCAUGUUCUUCAUCGACCACGGCCAGGUCCUCAUGGAGACCGACUCCUACGACAGGGAGCUGUGUGACGGGGACUUCUUUGGGGAGACAUGCGUGCUGACCAAAGGCAAACAUCUGGCCACCGUGAAGGCGCUGACCGACUGCCAGUGCUUCUCUCUCUCCUGGAACGACCUUCAGGAGGCGCUGGAGGGCUUCCCAGAUGUCAAGAAGGACUUAGAGAAGAUGGUCGAGCUCGACUCUGACGGUGGACUCGUGUGAGACCAAAUACAGAACUUUUGUUUUUACGAAAAAAGGACAGGAGACGCGGAUAUUUCCUGGACAGUAAGACUGUGGCUGAUUCCUCGUGUGGACACGAGAUGGACAGUUUUAAUCUGACCGAUAAUUAUUCAGUCAUUAUAAGUAAAAUAAACAAAAGACCUCAACAGUAAAGACGGGUCAAACGUUUGACCUCUGCCUCCUUGUUGAUGCUGCGAUUUAACCUCGACGUUUGGAAACGUUAGUGAAGAAAAACCAGAAAGAUUUGGAAAGUCUUGAGCGGACAUUCUGGUUUCAUACAAAGUAAGGUGGUCUGUGGUCUGAGGACUCGCUGCUCAGGUCAUUUGGGCCCAUGUGGUAUGUGGCGCCCCAAUUUGUUAAAUUUGAACAUGACGGACAGACCCAGUUCAUUUUGUUUAUGCACGACUUGCAAUAAUUACAAAUCCAUCUGCUGCUUCAGAACCACGGACAGCGUUUUUUAGUUAACCCAGGAGGCAACCAACGGUUCUGCCGAGUGAAGUCAAAGCUUCAUGUGUUAAACCUGCAUUCUCUCUAGUGUCCACCAGGGGGCGAC